AUUGCUGAUUUUGAACGUUGUGUAAUAAGGUCGCUGUUUAUCGCGUAAGGAGAGCGACAAAAUAAUCAAUCUAAUAGAAGACAUUACAAUGAUUCGAGUGUUAAUAUUAUGGUCGGCUCCUUUGCUUAUUUGCGCAGAUUGCCCGACAGGAUGGAAGAACUUCCAAGACAAGUGUUACUUUUUUUCGCAUACUUUAGAAACCUGGACGGGGGCCUCGAUUAUUUGUCAGUCGUACCAUUCAAAGCUUGCAGAACCUAAUACACACUCUGAGAUUGGAUAUUUAUCCAGCGAGGUAUCAAGCGUGAGAGCCGGUGAGUUUUGGGUCGGGAUUACAGACAUUAUUGUGGAAAAUCAGUGGAUCUACGAUUCAUCGUUAACUCCGAUAGAAAUAACAUACUGGGGUCCGAACGAACCCGGCGGACAACAGGGAAAGAACUGUGUUAUAAUGUCUGCGUGGUUUCAUGGAAAAUACGCCGAUGUUGAAUGUCACACAAAGCGCAAAUUCAUUUGUGAAAGAGACAAAGCGUUGGUUGGGCAACUUGUUGGAUAAGAUGUUCGUAUUUCAACGAUUCCCAAAAAUGUUCUACCAUUUGU